CUCCACGCUGUCUCCCCAGGUUCAAGAUAUAAAGAGGGAUCUGUUCACUUUUCUUUUCUCUCUCUACCCUCCUACUAUCUAUUUAAUUGUUGAUACCCCUUUUCUUCCUCCUUCGUAUUCUCUAAAAAUUUCACUGACGUCAUAAUGUCUUCUGCUCAGCAGCGUCUUACCCAGGUGACUUCCCACUUCACCCCUGGUGGUAAGAAGGGCGUUGCCGCCAUCACCGAGAAGCACCCCGAUGACAUUGUCGUGACAUGUGCCCUUCGCUCUGCCCUCACCAAGGGUGGAAAGGGUGGCUUCAAGGAUACUGCGGCUGCUGAUAUCCUGGCUGGCGUUUUCAAGGGUGUUAUUGAGAAGAGUGGCAUCGACCCCAACGUCGUUGAGGAUGUUGCUGUCGGCUCCGUCCUUGCCCCUGGUGGCGGUGCCACCGAGUUCCGUGCUGCUGCUCUGGUUGCUGGUUUCCCCGAGACUACUGCUGUCAAGAGCUUGAACCGUCAGUGCUCCAGUGGUCUCCAGGCCAUUGUUGACAUUGCCAAUGCUAUCAAGUCCGGCAUGAUUGAAGUUGGUAUUGGUGCUGGUGUGGAGAGCAUGUCCUCUCAGUAUGGCCCUGGUGCUGUCACUGAAUUCUCAGAUCUCCUCGAAAACCACCAAGAGUCUGCCAACUGCAAGGUUCCCAUGGGUGUUCUGUCGGAGAACAUGGCGAAGGAUCGUGGCAUUUCUCGUGCUGUCCAAGAUGCUUUCGCCGCCUCGUCCUACCAGAAGGCUGUUAAGGCUCAGAAGGCUGGCCUCUUUAACGAGGAGAUCUAUCCUCUUCAGGUCAAGUGGACCGACCCCAAGUCUGGCGAGGAGAAGACCAUUACCGUCAAGGCUGAUGAUGGUAUCCGUGACGGCAUCACCCCUGAAUCCCUGGGCAAGAUUCGCCCUGCUUUCGCCAAGGAUGGCUCCAUUCACGCUGGCAAUGCCUCCCAGAUCUCUGACGGUGCUGCUGCUGUUUUGUUGAUGAAGCGUUCCACUGCUGAGCGCCUCGGUCAGAAGAUCAUCGGCAAGUACGUCGCCGCUAGCGUUGUGGGUGUUAAGCCCCUGCUCAUGGGCAUCGGCCCCUGGAAGGCCAUCCCCGUGGCCCUUGAGAAGGCUGGCAUCACCAAGGAUGACGUUGACAUCUACGAAAUCAAUGAGGCCUUUGCCUCUCAGUGCGUGUGGUGUGUCAAUGAACUUGGACUGCCUCAAGAGAAGAUCAACCCUAAGGGAGGUGCCAUUGCAUUCGGACACCCUCUUGGCUGCACCGGUUCUCGCCAGAUCAGCACCCUGCUGACAGAGUUGAAGCGCACUGACAAGAAGAUCGGUGUCACCAGCAUGUGUGUUGGUACUGGUAUGGGCAUGGCUGCCGUUUGGGUUCGCGAAUAAAUGAGCUGGCUCAAAACUUGUUUUUGUGUGUCCCUUUUUCUUCGAUUCUCUUCCUGUACAGCGAUUAUAUAUACGCAUGACGAUUUUGAUUUGUACGCAUACUUUCCAGAAUACCAAGC